CUAUUUAGUCAGAGUGGCUGGAUAAAAUAUCGAAGAGCAAAUCUUGUCCAAGGCAGUAAAGUCAAAAAAUGCCUUAAAUGUCAAAAUCGUAGUACAGUUUUCAAAGAAAAUUAAUAAACAUAGGUAAAAAUCAAGUCUCACAGGGCACAAAAGCUACUUCAGAGAAGACAUUGAGGCGAGAAUCCGAAAGCCAUAACAAUGGCAAAACAAGAAACAACAAAUGGGAAAGUUCGUAAUGCAUCUCUUCAUCUGGAGAAGCUGUUGAUCGGAGGAAAAUAUCGGCUGGUAAAGCCCAUUGGGUCCGGGUCCUUCGGCGAUAUAUAUCUCGGAGUGAGCAUCACGGAUGGAUCCGAGGUGGCCAUCAAGGUGGAGAAGAACGAUGCCAAGUAUCCGCAGCUUAUAUACGAGGCGAAAGUGUACGAACAGCUGGCCCGCUGUCCAGGAUUCCCGACUCUACUUCAUUAUGGAUGCGAGAAGAACUAUAAUGCCAUGGUUAUGGACCUAUUAGGUCCUUCCCUGGAGGAACUUUUUAACCUCUGCAAGCGCCGAUUCUCCCUGAAGACCGUACUCAUGUUGACAGACCAGCUUCUAAUGCGAAUAGAGUGUGUCCACGAACGUGGGUUCAUCCAUCGUGACAUUAAACCAGAUAACUUCCUAAUGGGUCUGGAGCGUCAAUGCAACAAGCUGUAUCUCAUCGAUUUUGGCCUGUCCAAGAGAUACAAGGACAUCGAGUCGGGGAUUCAUAUACCAUACCGCACGGAUCGGAAUCUAACUGGUACUGUUCGCUAUGCCUCUAUAAAUGCCCAGAUAGGCGUCGAGCAAUCCCGUCGGGAUGACAUGGAGUCCAUGUCCUAUUGUUUGAUGUACUUCAAUCUGGGCAAGUUACCCUGGCAGGGUAUUACGGCCGCCAACAAGAAGCAAAAGUACGAGAAGAUAUUGGAGAAAAAGACAAGCGUCACGAUCCCUCAGCUCUGCAAAGGAUUUCCCUCCGAGUUUUGCCUGCUUAUGACCUAUGUCAGGAAUCUUGGUUUCAAGGAGCCGCCGGAUCACACUUAUCUUCGCCAGAUAUUCCGCAUACUUUUCCGCUCCAUGAAUCAUCAUUACGACUAUAUAUACGACUGGACUACCUUGCAGCAGCAAAAGGAUCAAAUCUGUCGCAGAGAACAGGUUCAGGAACCGGAACGAGGUUAUGAACCUCAGCGGGAAAAGGAGCGAAAAAAGGAUUUGGAGCUGAAUCGACUGCACAAGGCUACCACCCAACAGGCACAUUGCUCUAAUGGACAUCUAACAAACCGAUAUGAUCGCAUUGGCGGUGGAGGCAUUAGCAAGCGAAAAUAACAUAUAACAAAAUUAUUUCUAUUUUAAAAUUUACUACUUCAUGUUGGAGUGGUUUUAUUUCGCAAAUAAAUCUUUUAAA